UCGGUGUAGUCCUCUUGUCUCAGCUUUGCCAAGUGGCGUGGUCACAUGCGUGCGCCAGUAAUGCCCAGCCUGGGAACAUUUUUUCUGGUCGUUUUCGUUUAGGUCGGGAAACCGAGGUGGUGGUGCCGACUUGAUCUGGUUCCUGCCUGCUGAGGGAUGCCCAAGAAGUUCCAGGGCGAGAACAGCAAGUCGGCAGCUGCCCGAGCACGGAGGGCUGAAGCCAAGGCGGCAGCUGAUGCCAAGAAACAGAAGGAGCUGGAAGAUGCUUACUGGAAGGAUGAGGACAAACACGUGAUGCGGAAGGAGCAGCGUAAGGAGGAGAAGGAGAAGCGACGCCUGGAGCAGCUGGAACGCAAGAAGGAGACACAGCGCCUGCUGGAGGAGGAGGACUCCCGGCUCAAGGGCGGCAAGGCCCCUCGCGUGGCAUCCACAAAGGUCACCCGCGCGCAGAUCGAGGACUCCCUGCGCCGAGAGCAGCGGGCUGAGCCAGUGGAGAAGGUCAAGAGCCACCUGGAGCUGCCGCUGGAGGAGAAUUUGAACAGGCGGGCGCAGGAGGAGGGCAGCUUGGAGGCCCGCACUGUAGAGGAUGCCAUAGCAGUGCUCAGUGUGGCAGAGGAUGCAGACCGGCACCCGGAGCGCCGUAUGCGUGCGGCCUUCACUGCGUUCGAGGAGGUACAGCUGCCGAGACUGAAGCAGGAGAACCCCAACAUGCGGCUGUCACAGCUGAAGCAGCUGCUGAAGAAGGAGUGGUUGCGCUCACCAGACAACCCUAUGAACCAGCGUGCGCUGCCUUUCAAUGCACCUAAGUGACAGGACCAGGCAUGAGUCGUCCCCAGCCAGGCCUGGGGAUUCAGAGAGUUCCGAGCCAAUGAGUUGUCCUCAGCAAUCCAGAGGGUCCCCGCUCUGAGCAACACCCAGCUCCUGUGCGCCCUAUGGAGCCCGGCUGAGCACCUGCCCAAUAAAGGCUGUGGCGAGGCUGCCUGA